AUGUUCCGCCUCCGAGCGGCCGAAGUCGAUCUUUCAUCCCUCGGCCUUGACCAGGACACAUUCCUCGCUCUCCAGCGAUUCCAGCAAGAGGCCGGCGACCAAGAAGAUCCAUUCGUCCUUGCUGAAGCCUUGGCCAAGACUGCUCAACAAGUUCAGAACAGCACUUCCAAGCGUAGCCGCCAUCGGAGUGAUGAUGGUAACUCCGAGGAUUCAUCUGAGGAGAAGACUCCGGUUCCAUCUGGUCGAGUUAGUAGAGCAGGGUCGGUGGCUGCCGCUGGCGAAGAAUCGGCUGUGGCUGCUUCGAGUCCGACUUCCAGUCGUCGAGGUCUCCACAUGCCAAAGGCUUGGAAGAACAAGCCGAAGUCCAAGCGUCAGAAAACUGCUUCGCACUCGCCGGCAUCCGCUCGUUCACGCUCCAGCCUAGCUUCUCACCGCUCGACGUCUCGGCCGCCUGCGCGUUCACCUUCGGCGGCCCACGUCAAAUCGCCCGCGAGUCACCCGAGAUCUCGUUCGCAUUCUCUGUCCAGUCGUCCGGCCAAGUCUAAGUCUCCCGCAUCUCCACCGUCCGGCCAAGUCUAA